AUGAGACAGGCGGAGAAAACGGACCAGCAGACAGUCUUUCUUCUGAAUCUCCUGCAAGAGCAGCGUCUUGAGAUUGAGGCUCGGGACGAUGUCAUGCGCGAGUCGUCCAAACUCGUCAGCAAGCUGCAGGGCGAGAACGAAUUGCUAAGGAAGCAGCUGCAAGAAAUGGAACAGCGAAACAUUAAGGAGCUUAGCAGCAGUGGUGCCAGGUCGCAGCAGGGGCAGCGGGAUGCACCCAGGCGUAGCAGCUUGGCUGCCCAACCAGCUCGCAGCAAUAGCGGCAAAGACAGCGAGUGCCCCCUACUGCCUGGCUGCGGGCAACCUGGGGUUAGCGAGGACUCCGAGUCGUCGCGUUGCGCCGGUGGUGGAAGCUCGGACGCUCGUGGUGGCCCACGUUCCUCAUGCAGCACCCUCCAGGAGGCUUGGGCACGGCAGUCGGACAACCUUCCAAAGGAGUCAUGGAUCAACAGCGAUACACCAGCAACGCCGUCACGCCCACCACCCCAGCCGCCACUGCAACAGCAUCAGCAUCAGACUUUACUGCCAGCGAAGCUCCGCUACGCCGAAGGGGACCCGAAAACGACGACGUCGCAGCAGCAGCAGCAACAACAACAACCGCAACAAGGACAAACACCUCAGCAGCAUCGAAGUAUGGAAUUUGUACAUCUAGAGGACCGCUGCGCCUAUUUGACGGCGGAGGUUCAGUCAUUGUGCACACAGCUGCAGCACUUGCAGCAGGCGCAACGGCACAUGCAACACCAUCAUCAGCCCCAGCCGCCGCCGCAACAACAACUACAACAACGACACGAACAACAGCCUCACCAGCAGCAGGAGCCAAGAGCCGAGGUGAAGCAACAGGUGGACGCUCGCUGUGCGGCGCUCGCUGGGGAGGUGGCAUCGUUGCGCAGCGCGCUGGAGAUCUCACAGCAGCAGACCGCAGCCGCGCUUGACAAAUACCUCACCUGCAAGAAGGAUCUCGACGUGCUGACCCACAAGUACGAUAGCCUUAUGCUGCAAAAGCUGGAGAUUGAGGAGGAGCGCGAUCGGCUGUUCGAUCCCUCCCUGGACAUGGCGCUGGUGCGCAAGGCGAUGCCUGCUGUGGACGCUUCCAUGGCGGAUCUGGAGGAGCGGCUACGCGAGGUGGUGGACAUGCUCACCAGCAACCGCAUGGAGGCAGAGGACGCGGUGCGGGCGCAUAAUGCGACACGGCGUAAAUGGAUAGCGAAGCUGGAGGGCCUGCAGGCGCAGUUGGCAGAACGGGAUGCACAGCUAGCCAAGGCGGAGACGCAGCUGGUGGCUAUGGCAGCGACGGCUGGAGUGGCGGGGGCGUGCUUUGCGACUGGGAGUGUCAUCGGAAGUGAGGUGGUCAUCGGGGACUGUUGUUCAGCAGGAUGCCGGCAUGCGGACGGUGACGCGCCGCUGGCGGGCUGGUCUCUCGACCCGGCGGAGGCGGAAGGUGUCCGGUGGAAGGCGGCGGCGUGCUGCGGCGGCUUAGGCGGCGGCAGCAGCUGCGGCGGCGACGGUGCGGACUGCGGCGAAGUCGGGCGCCAGCUGCUGGGCCAAUGCCUUAGCCAUGCGGGCACAGGGUCUCAACACAAAAAGCCAACAACUGCGGAGCGUGUCUCUAAAUGGCCUGUGGUGCCAGGUCCCUCGGCCUCAACGGAGCCCACCGCACCCAUAAGCGUCACUCUCAAAGGCGGUGGAGGCUUGGCAAUAAACAUUACUAAAACGCGCAGACCGGCGGACUCAGAGGGCUCUCGGGGCACCAAGGGGUUGCCGCAGCAGCAGCCACUCGCCACGAUUUACGCCCACCACAACGACGGCAAGAAAAAAACUACAAGCUGGCCAAAGAAAGCCAAAAUUGUGACUACUGCGCUGGCACUGCGACAGCCCCGAGAAGACGCGAGCGUUCGUGCAGCCACCCUGGGAGCGGCCGCCGCCAGGGCCGCAGCCGCCAACGGUUCGACUGCAAGCGAAGCUGCUGGCGGCGGCAAUGCAGGAGGGGAUGCCGAAACAGCGGCCGCCGACGCCCCCAGUGGUGCCAACGGUGCCGCCGGCGCCUUGUCUUUCAGUAGGCAGAGCCCUGACACCACGACAGAGCUGCGGGCGGUCAGUUAUUACGCACACUCUUUCAGAGGUUUGAACCCGGCGUACGACGAUGACGGAGAUGAGGAUGAAUUCAAGCCGUCCCAGCGGCCAGGGGCGGCCCGUCCGCCGGAGCGGGCGUGGAUGGAGCCAUCGGGGCCGCCGCCGCUACAGCCGCAAGCGGUAACAGAAGCCCCUGCGGGCGCAGGGGUUGUGGAGCGUCAGCCGGCGACAGCUACAGCAGCAGCGGCGAUGGGGCCAGAGAGCCUGCAACGGCAGACGGAGUGCUGCAACACUCCGGACCAGAAGAGCCUUUCGCGCGUCAGCACUCCCGGUCAGGAUCUGGAUCUCAGGGACAGUGCCGUACAAUGGCAUAAUGAGGUGGAUGACGUAAUGCAGGCGAGGCCUGCAGCAGCAGCGGCGCUAGCGGCGGCGGCGGUCAUUGCGGCAGCAACGGCCGCCGCCGCUGUCGCCGCGCGCACCGCGAAGGGUUCGCCCGCGCCCACUGUGGCGGAGGCGCCGCCGCCGUCGCCGCUGGCACCGCCUGGGCUGUUGGACCUGUCAGAGGCGCUGGCCGAUGGUUUGCAGUCCUCGGAGCGUGACGCCAGAGGCGGCGCGACGUCAGCGGCGGCGGCGACGGAGGCAGCUGAGGCAGCGGACGGAACGCCCAGGAGGCACUCUCCAUUCCCUCUGACGGUCAUGACGACGCCCAAGCACAUGCUCUCCUCCUACGCCGCCAACAUCUCGCCAUCGCCCAGCCGACGCUUGCGGCACAGCAGCACCGGCGUGUACCCUGGGAGGCCGCUCACAGAUACGGGAGAGGUCCAGCAUCACAGGGAGGACAACCAGCACACAGGCCUCAAGGCUACUGCGGUGGCGGCGGCAACGGCGGAUGUCUCUGGCGCGGCGCCCUGGCCCAGACCGUACCGCGCCUCCACCCCUGGCGGAGGGAGUCCCCCUGGUAAUGCCAACCAGCUGCUGCGCCGGGCGACGUUCAAUCGGGUGGUCAAGGGGGCGGGGGCAGCAGCGGCGGCGGAAACCCCGCGUGGACAGCAGCUGGCGCUUGGGGGGAACACCGACGGCGGCGUCGGCGUUUCCGGAAUUUGCAGCGACAGCGGCGUGUACGUCCCGGCGCAUGAGGGCGGAAAGGCGAGACCGUCGGCGCCGGGAGGUGAGGAACGUGUGUCUUCUUCGUCGGUCAGGAAGCGGGAUGGGGAGGUGGCAGCAGACCAGGCGGGCAUGGCGACUAUGGAGGAACUGGAGCUGGCGGAUGCCGAGGCUGAAGCUGAGGCUGCAACUGACCCAAGGGUCAGAGCCAAGCCGGAGCCAAAGAUAGCGGCGAGCAGCGGCGGCGAUGCGGGUGGCGGGCGUGUCAGCGAAAACGACAGCGGCGGCAGCGGCAAGGGCAAAUGGACGCGGUCGAGGGCUGGCCGAACACUGGAUGCGCUGAGGAUGCAGGCGGUGGCGCGGCGGGUGGCGAUGGAGACUUCGAAAGAGGAAGAGAAAGCCCGCCUGGACUACGUCCCCCAGACGUCUCUACGGCGACCUCCACCCACGCCGCCCUCGCCCUCGCGCGCACCCUUGCCGGUCUCGUCAGGGGAGGGCGCCAAUCUCCUCUCCACAGAGAAUGAUGGCUGCGACGAUUUGGAUGCAGAAGCGCUGCCGUACGGCGAUAACCGGGCUGGCGAGGGCACACGCAAACAGCAGCAGCGUGCUGGUGGCCCGUUGGAAGCGCCUCCUGCGAUGCGCAUGGCCGUGUUUGCACCCCGUAAAGUGGUUUCAGAGCGUAUACUUUGGCAAGCCGUCGGCCCUGCCGCCGCCACUCGCGCCGCAGCCGCAGCAGACGCCGACGCUGCCGUACGGUUCUCCAUGCCGGGGUGCACUGAGUCAGUCCCGGCACUCGAACUGCAGCCCCCUCAGGCCCCCCAGGAGCUGCAAAACCUCCAGCACCAGACACCUCAGCCGCCACCAUCGCAGUCACUACCGCUACAGCUCCGGCCGCAGACGCAGCCGCCGUCGUUGUCCAACCAACAGCAGGGAAUGGCAGCAGCGGCGGCGGCGCCAUCGCCUCCGCUGCCACGGCAACAAGCGCACUCGGGGCCCCUGCUAGUGGCCUCGAACAGCAGCGGAAACCUUCAGUCGCGGCUGCGGCCUCCGGACGCCGGUACAUCGACCAGCCAGGGUCCCUCUUUCGGCCGUCAGGCCCGUGAAUACUUUCACCAAGUGUCCUUGAUGCAGCGCCAGAAGCCGAGCAGCCCACUUAGUGGUGCCCCGCGGGGCCCCGUCGAUCCGGCGCGUGGCAGCGGCGGCGGCGGAAGCUCGCUGGCCCCAGACAAUGGCAUUGUACGGCGCUCGACACAGCCCGGGGAUGGCGCCACCGGCGAUCGGACACUGUGGCUGUACCCGCCGCCGUCGACGACGGUGAAGUCAGCGGCCAUGAUGAAGAAGCAGGUCUCCGGCAAGGCGCUGGUCACCGGUGUAAUGCCGAAGCUGGAGCUGGAGGUUCUGCCGCAACAGCUGCAACGGUUUGAAUCGCGGCGUGGCGUCGGCGGCGGUAGUCACCUCAGCGGCAACGCGGGAGGAGGAGGAGGAAGCAAUGCCAUCCCGGGCGGGCAGCAGCGGCCGUCGGCGGAUUCGCGUUGGCAGCUCCUGGCGGCUCAGCUGUCGCCGGCCGCUCCGUCCGGCCUCGCAUGCGAGAGUUCAUGGCCUGUCACCAGCGCAUCAUCCAGGCCGUACGAGUACGACACCCGGAAGGAAAACAGUGAAGGCGGCGGCGGCGGUAGUGAUGGUGCACUCAACGCGGGCCAACUGGCGUCACCUCGCCCCAGCGGCGCCGCACCGCAGUACGCUCCGCUUUCUCCGCAGCCGGUCGCUAAGACCAGCUCGCACCGUCGUUCAGAGACACGCAGGCUGACAGCGGAGCCGCCGCAAGCCACACCAGUCGUACAACCCGUACCGGCCGGCGGCGCCGGCAGUGCUGGUGCCCCCGCGGUGAUAACCUCCCGUUGCUGGUGCCCCCGGGAUAGCUGGUGGCACCUGCAGCAGCAGCAGCAGCAGCAGCCGGAGCAGCAACAGCAGCAACGGAAGCUGCGCCGUUCCUCGGCUGUUGUGACCCGUGGGUCCGUUCUGCGCCUCUCAAUUUGCCUCCCCACCGGCAUGGCGCUGCCGCUGCUAGGACUGAUCGCACUGGCGUUGCUUAUCUGCAUGCCGUUCGGUACUAGUGGCCAGGGUACAACGGACGGCCAGGUCCAGGCGGGGGCAGCAACGAACCCCAGCUCGGGGGUCCCGGACGCCCUGGCCUCCGCCUUCACCGCCCGGACAAACUCAGCAGAUCAGUCCGCCACCAGCCAUUGCCAGGUCAGGCCAGGUCACCGCGCAGCGCCACCUGCCAUCCUGUAUUACAUAGGGUUGGACGGCUUGGCUGAGCUGGGUGCAAGCUACACUCCGAUAUCGGACGACGGAGGCCGCCUGGAUUCGCGGUUGCAAGGGGACCGCAACGGGACAUCGUCAGGGCCUAGGGGCGGAGGCAGUGGCGGAGGCGGCACCAUUAGAGACGGUGAUAAUGGCGGCGGCGCCAGCGCCAGCGGCAGCUCGUCCUGCUUGCCGUACAAAGAUAUGGCAUUGGACCAAAUCGACCGGGCGCUGCGAUCUUCGUUGAAGUGGACAGUGCAACGGGGCGUCGUAGAUUUUGGUUUCCUAGGGGAUGAAGUGCCGAAGAACUGCGAACCGAAUUGCGCCUUCAGCAACCCCAACUCGCCGUACGGUAUGACGCUGCUGCCACUGGCGCCGUCCGAGGACCCGAACAAGGCCUUCGCCAGGACCACCCCCCGCGGAGUGGCAGACGAGCUGCGGGGAAGUUCCUACAUCGCCAGCAGUUUGGCCAACGGCAGUGUGAUCACGGGGUCCGCCCCCAUCUACCAGCUCAUGUCGCAGGAGAUCGUGCUGGUGGCGGGCUGCACCCCUCCCGCGGCGGCAUCCGUGUACUUCUCCGCUACGCCGUACAUACACACCGUGUGGAGCGAGUCGGGGAUGAAGUGGGUCACCGUGUUCGGCUCCAUGGGCGACUCCGCCUCCACGCACCGGCCGGAGCUGCCGCCGCUGCAGCCCAUCCCCAACGCCACCGCCUUGGGGAUCCCGCCGAGAGGGCCCACACCCAGCCGUCUAGCUACAUUCACCCCUCAAACUGCCAUGAGCCAGCUCAUGAUACAAGCUGCUGCUGCUGCUACCGGCCUCGGCACGGGUCGUCUAAACAGAUGGACGCGACUGAACGGCCCCGUGGGUACGGCAAUGGCGCAGUCUGCCACCGCCGCCGCCGCCGCCGCCGAAAGCGGAGUCGCCACCACCGCAGCGGCAGAAACCGGGACCGCUGCCGGCGGCGGCUUUGACCAGUUCUUCGUAGCGGCGAUGACGGCGUCGCCUGCGGCCGCUGCGGCGCUGGCGAACGUGUUGCAGCCCGUGCUGGACGGCUUAUCCGGCGGGCUGCAAGGGCGAGUGCACAUCAACGUGCUGCCGAUCCCUGGGCCGAAGUUCAGCGACGGCAUCGGACUGGACCCCCGCAGCCCCUACUACAUGCUGAUGCUGAGAUCCAUUGUGCCCGCGGGAGCGCUGGCGUCAAGCUUCAGGCCGUACGCCAAGGCCCAGCCGAUGCGGAGCUGGCGGCUGACGCCGGUGACGACGGCGCCGCCACUGCCGGCGGGGCCGCUGGCGGCACCGGCCACCGCCGGCUUCGGCAGCGGUGGCGGCUUGCUCGGCGGCUUCCGUCGCGGCGGCUGGGGGGUGGGUCGUGCCGUCGGCAGCGGAGCCGUGGACGACGGCACGCAACACAUGCCCGAGGCGAUUCUCACCAGUCCGGAUCCGCCGCUCGUCGUCAUCGCAAGCGACCGCUUCGCGCUGCCUAACGUCGUACCACGGCGGGCUGUCGUGGAGACGAUGCCGUCGUCGUCGCGGCAGUCACGGCACCGACAGGAGGAUGCCGUAUUUGCCAUGACCGGCCCCGACGGGUCGGCGGCGGGAGGGCCAGCGAGGGGGAACACGACGGCGGCGGCGGCGGCAACGGCGGAGGCGGCGGCGCUUCAAGCAUCCAACAGUCCGUCGCGCGCAGCGGCGGAGGCUUGGCUGGCCCCCGCGUUCCAGUUCCUGCAGGCCCGAGUGCAAGAGGUGUUCGAAGCUGAAUAUGCGAUGGGCUGGUCUCUGACAACUGGCUCCUGGCUGGGUGCCCUAGACCCCCCCGUCGACUGGGGCCUGCAGUGCCUGGAGCAGGUGAUUGACUAUUGCAACGGCGACAACCGAGAUGUCACCUACCUCUCCAGCUUCCCCUACGUAACACUUCACAGACCUACGUCCUUGGCGCUGGUAGUGGGCCCCAACCACGUCCGCACCGGGCUGUCCGCCUACAUGAAUAUUGCCCUCACCGACCCCGCCCAGAGACUGGGGCUGCAGGCCUUUGACGGAGCUCAGCUGCAAGGCAGCGCAGAGCCGUACCUGAGGGGCACGCCGUACGAGCAGUACUCGCCGUACCUCUUCGUCGCCAUGUUCGCACGGAACUGCUCACGUAUGUCCCACUGCAACGAGAUCCCCGCGGAGGGCCCUCGGAGUGCCCCCCUGGGCCGCAACCUGGUGGCGACCCUCCGAGCCUACAUCAACCCCCUCACUGGUGUGGGUCCCGACCCGGAUGAGCUGCUCAAGUUCGUGACGGUCAAUCUGGUGCGCAAGGCAGACGCCCGGCCUACGGACUACCGGGCGCGGCAGCUGGACCCCAGCUUCUUCGGCCGGGAUGGCUGCACCUCGGCGCUGCUUGGCCAAGUGCUGUGUGUGCAGGGGCCUGACGAGGCAUGCUGCCGGCAGGUGCAGAAAUGGUCCGAUACGGGCUGCUGGUGCCUAGACACGGGCAAAGCGCUGCUGAACUCGUUAGGGCCUGUACAAGGCCGGGCAAUGCUCACGGCUACGUCUCGCUUGUGCCGGGCGACUCGCCCAGCUAUCCGCAUUGCUGAGUGCUGA